UAUGACGACUUCGCUGGUUCUGCAUCCACGCUGGGCGGACACCUUAAUGUACGUAUAUGAAAAAAGCCCGAAUGAAAAUAAUCAGAAUAAAAACCAAUCAAUGGAGGGACUAGGCGGGAAUUGUUCUGCUACUCACUGCAGGGAACUGAUCUCGCACUCAGCGUUGGGACGACACUCCGGCAGCCUAAACCACCAGGGUUCUGUGUACUCGGACAUACCCUCCCAGGACACAGGGCGACAUUGCUCCGCUCCCCAGACUUCCUCUAGCACCACCCUGGGUUAUGGCUACCCGUUCGGAAGCCCUUAUUACGGGUGUCGGUUGUCACACUCGCACAACGUUAACUUGCAGCAGAAGCCAUGCUCUUACCACCCUGCCGAGAAGUAUGCAGAACCAAGCGCGGCACUGCCCACGGAAGAGCUGUCAGGCAGGGCAAAGGAGUUCGCCUUUUACCCGAGUUUUGCCAGUUCAUACCAGACUGUCCCAGGUUACUUGGACGUGUCUGUGGUUCCCGGUAUCAGUGCGCACCCGGAACCGAGACAUGAUACUUUGAUUCCCAUGGAUGGAUAUCAGCACUGGGCUCUAUCUAAUGGCUGGGACGGACAGGUGUACUGUUCUAAAGAGCAAACACACUCAACACAUCUCUGGAAAUCUCCAUUCCCAGAUGUCGUGCCUUUGCAACCAGAGGUCAGCAGCUACAGACGAGGCCGCAAAAAGCGAGUUCCUUACACCAAGAUCCAGCUGAAGGAACUAGAGAAAGAGUACGCAGCCAGCAAGUUCAUCACCAAAGACAAGAGACGUCGAAUAUCUGCCACUUCAAAUCUCUCCGAACGCCAGGUCACCAUCUGGUUCCAGAACCGGCGGGUGAAGGAGAAAAAAUGUGUCUGUAAAUCUAAAUCAAGCUCUCACAUGCAUGCCACUUGAUUCAGUCCAAUCUCACUGGCAUGACAACUCAAAUACUUUUUAUCACAGAAACGCUCGAUAUUUAUAUCGACAGAAUUCUCACCUAUGAUGCAUUGCGAAACACAAACUUAAUCUCACCUCCCUAUUUGGACAUAAACUGGGGGAAAAUACAGAAGAUUGAAUGAAAACUGGUUGGAACGAACGAUCACAUUUUUACAGGAGCAUCGAAAGCAAUACCAGCAUUGUUGGUAUAGCCUCAGACCUAAAUUACAAACUUUUGUGCCUGAUAAAGUAAACUGAGGUCUUUGGGGAUUUCAUACAGUUAUCUUGUUCAGACAUUUUCAGGUAUUGGACGCAUCAAGACUGAAAACUCACUUUUCAAUGAUAUUGUAUAUGGCCAUUUUAGUUUGAUCCCACGGGAUUGAGCAAGGUUACUUUUGUCUAUUGUACAGUGCCAUGCAUAUUUAAUUAAAAGUUGUCUCGUGUGACGGGUUGUAAAUUGCUACAGACUAUUUUAUGGUUCUCAUAUUUUGAUCAUUUUUGUCAGUGAAGGAUAUGUCUCUGUAAUGCAACUGGAAUGAUUGUAAUCAGUAUAAGAAUAUUAAAAAGUAUUGCAUAUUCAUGCAGAAUCUUUUGCCAUUUGGUUUGUAUAGUGAGUUAGGUCUUAUAGCAUUCGGGCUGUGCAUUCCGACUGUACGACCUUUUAUUUGGUGCAGUAUUUGAACUGUGUGGUGCUCGAUCGAGAUGUACUCAAUGGAAACAUGUUUCAUAAAUAAAUA